AUGGGGAAGAAACGUGAUAUAAGUGACUUUGAACGUGGAAUGGUUGUUAGUGGCAGACAGAAUGAUUUUGAGACUGUUAGGUUGGUUGGUGGUAACAGCAGUGGUAGAGUGGAGGUUCAUCAUGAUGGUCAGUGGGGAACAGUGUGUGGUGAUGACUGGGAUAUGACUGAUGCUAAAGUGGUGUGUAGAGAGCUGGGAUGUGGAGAGGCUGUUGAGGCUCUGGAUAAUGCUCGUUUUGGACAAGGAUCAGGACCAAUCUGGAUGGAUGAUGUGGACUGUAGCGGAUCAGAGUCCACACUGAAGGACUGUAGAUCAUUAGGAUGGGGUGUUAAUAACUGUGGUCAUCAUGAAGAUGCUGGAGUCAAAUGCUCAGAGACAGUACAGCUGGGCUGUGGCUCUGUGCUGAACUUCUACGGCUCCUCUUCAUCCAGUCCUGAACACAGUCAUGAGUGUGUGACGGGCUUCCAGUGCUCUGGGAGUGAAGCUCAUCUGGGGAACUGCAGCUCUCCACAAACUCUCAACUGCAGCUCCACACAACAGCUGUCAAUCACCUGCCUUGGUCGCGGGUCCAUCAGGCUGGUGGGUUCUGGGGGAGACUGUGCAGGGAGGCUGGAGGUUUUUCACAGCGGCUCAUGGGGGACAGUGUGUGAUGACUCCUGGGAUAUUAAAGAUGCUCAUGUGGUGUGCAGACAGCUGCAGUGUGGAGUGGCCCUCAGUAACCAGCAGGUACCAGCCUGGUUUGGUCCUGGUUCUGGACCCAUAUGGCUGGAUGAGGUGGAGUGUGAGGGGAAUGAGACGUCCCUGUGGAGCUGCUCUUCUCCAGGCUGGGGAAAACAUGACUGUCAACACAAGGAGGAUGUAGGAGUCAUGUGCUCAGAGUUUAAAGAGAUCAGGUUAACUGAGGGCUGUAAAGGGAAUGUGGAGGUUUUCUACAAUGGAUCCUGGGGUAAUAUGUGCUGGAACCAGAUGGACGGAGACACAGCGAGUCUGAUCUGUCAAGAGCUGAACUGUGGAAGGUCUGGUGUUUUGUCUGAUUCUACAGCAAGAGUGAAAUCAGCUCGUAACUGGCUGGAUAAAGUUACAUGUCGACCACAUGAUUCAUAUCUGUGGCAGUGUCCAUCUUCACCCUGGGGACAGAAUGAUUGUAAUAAUAAGGAUGAAGUGGCCAAAAUCACCUGCUCAAAGGAGGAAAAUCAGGAGUCUCCUCGGAGUCGUUUGACAUGUUUAAUCUCACCAUCUCCUCACCAGAGACAGUGUUCAUGGGACAUCAGCGAUGCUCAGGUGGUCUGCAGGCAGCUGGGUUGUGGAGCAGCACUGAGGGCUGAUGGGAAUUCAGUCUUUGGUGCUGGUGAAGGUGUUGUGUGGCUGAACAGAGUCGAGUGCAGAGGGAAUGAGAUUCACCUGUGGGACUGUCCUCUCUCCCUGAAUAACCACACUGACUGCUCCCACAAAGAGCACGCUGGACUCACCUGUGCAGGUCACAGCAAAAAUUUAUGUGUUAGUGUCCAUUACUCCUGCCACAACAACAUCAGAUUCUCCUCCAGUUUCUCCUUCAGUGCGCUCAACAUCAGUCGCUCCUUCACAAACUCCUCCAGCAGCGUCUCUCUCCGUCCCAAAAGGAGUCUCAUCUCUGAAGAACUGUUGUCAGUGAAGAUGUGA